AUGGUUGAGGAAGUGUUUGGUUUGGAAGCUUGUGUUAUUACAGAGCAGAACUUGAUUCAUGUUGCUGAUAAUAUAUUCCAUUUUUCAUCACCAGAUAAUUAUUGGGUUUUUGACCUACAAAGAGCUGUUAAAAGGUAUGUUAACCAGUCAACAAAUCAUCGCAACAUCGAGAAGACAUACAGUGACAAUGAAACAAGGAGAGAAGUUCUUCAGAAUUUGGACAUUUCGAGAAAAGGAAAAAAUGCAACUGUUUUAACACAAAAGGAAAUUGAUUCAGCCAUCAAAAUGAGACAGGUUUCCUCAUUAAGUAAAGGCAACUAUCUGAUUGCUCAGGCACAUGACAGUUUGACUGAUAUUCAAGGUGGAAUACUCAUUGGUAGUGAAAACAAAGGAUUUCAAGAAAUUUCUGAAUCUCAAAGACAUGAAAUUUUGCAGGACAUUAGAGAUUGUGGAGCAGAAAUCGAAUAUUGCUCUUCUCUUUCUGCCACUAAAAGAUGUAAAAGCUUUUGA